CUCAGUUCUGUGAAUUGAACCUCUUUGUAGUCUCAACCGACUCCUAUCACAUAUCUUUCGGUACGAUGUGAAAACCGCACAGAGAAGGAGUAAUGGCUCCCUUCGCAAUGGUCACCAAGUAUCAAGGUAACGUUUAAAAAGAACGCAUCCGGGUGUUUAACUGUUUCUACUCUGUUUCCUCCCCUCUUGUCUACAUAGACGGACCACCGACGUUUCCAUUGAUACAUGGACGACGGCUUCGUCUGGGCUUGAGGACGGGCAGAGUAAGGCAGUUGAUCUGAGAAAUACCGGCGAACUUGAUCUGGAUAAUACCAGCGAAAGGACAUGCUUCUUUGAAUCCCCCUGCCCCUCACGUCCGGUGUGACCGGGAAACUAACCCCGGCAGCGUCUCGCUUGAUCUUUCACCAUGUCGACUGACAAGAUCACUUUCCUUACCAACUGGCACGCUACGCCGUACCACGCCCCGCUGUACCUGGCCCAGGCCAAGGGAUAUUUCAAGGAGGAGGGUAUCAAGGUUGCUCUGCUCGAGCCCAAUGACCCUAGCGAUGUCACCGAGAUCAUUGGUACCGGCAAGGUCGACCUUGGCUUCAAGGCCAUGAUUCACACCCUGGCUGCCAAGGCUCGCAACUUUCCCGUCCAGUCCAUCGGCAGUCUCCUGGACGAGCCCUUCACCGGCGUCGUCUACCUCAGGGACUCUGGCAUCACGACCGACUUCCGCACCCUCAAGGGCAAGAAGAUCGGCUACGUGGGCGAGUUUGGCAAGAUCCAGAUCGACGAGCUCACCUCCCACUACGGCAUGACCCCCGACGACUACACUGCCGUCCGCUGCGGCAUGAACGUGUCCAAGGCCAUCAUCAAGGGCGAGAUCGACGCCGGCAUCGGCCUCGAGAACGUUCAGAUGGUUGAGCUCGAGGAGUGGCUCGCCUCUCAGGGUCGCCCCAAGGACGACGUGCAGAUGCUGCGCAUUGAUGAGCUCGCCGAGCUCGGCUGCUGCUGCUUCUGCACCAUCCUGUACAUCGGCAACGAGACCUUCCUGGCCGAGAACCCGGACAAGGUCAAGGCUUUCCUCCGUGCCGUCAAGCGUGCCACCGACUACGUGCUCGCUCAGCCCGAGGCGGCGUGGGCCGAGUACGUCGACUUCAAGCCCGUCAUGGGCACGGCUCUGAACCGCAAGAUCUUUGAGCGCAGCUUUGCCUACUUCAGCAAGGACCUCAAGAACGUCAAGCGCGACUGGGACAAGGUUACCAAGUACGGCAAGCGUCUUGGUGUUCUGGACGAGAGCUUCCAGCCCAACUACACCAACUCGUACCUCGAGUGGGCUCUCUCUGGCGAGUCGAGCGACCCCAUCGGAGAUCAGAAGCGCAUUGCCAAGCUUCAGAAGGACGUUGCUGUCUCUGGUGGCUUCCACCGGCUUCAAGAUGCCGAGGUCAAGGCUUGAGUGUGUAUCGCCUUAAGCUGAGAAUGAUUGAGGGAUCAUGGUUGGACCUAGUCCAGAUAUUGUCUGAUACACUCUUUGGUCCCGGAGGAACUGGAAGUUACUAGUCACUCAUUUCGCCUGGCUCUACCAUAACAAUAACAAGUCAAAAUUGCUGGAUUAAUACCUG